UGCCUAAUAUGUCACUACAUAUAAACAAUCUGGACCAAACUGAUGAAGGAAGAAUUGAUGAUCCUUUUUCUUGGAGAAAUGUUAGAGAUGUGAUAAAAGUAAUAGUAAUUGGGAAGGCUAGUAUAACUAGACAUCAAUCUGGAUCUCAACCCCAAUCUGGAUAUAUAUAUCAACCUCAAUCUGGCUCUAUAUCUCAACCUCAAUCUGGAUCUAUAACUCAACCUCAGUCUGGCUCUAUAUCUCAACCUCAAUCUGGAUCUAUAACUCAACCUCAAUCUGGCUCUAUAUCUCAACCUCAAUCUGGAUCUAUAACUCAACCUCAAUCUGGCUCUAUAUCUCAACCUCAAUCUGGAUCUAUAACUCAACCUCAAUCUGGCUCUAUAUCUCAACCUCAAUCUGGAUCUAUAACUCAACCUCAAUCUGGCUCUAUAUCUCAACCUCAAUCACGAUCUAGAUCUGAAUCUGGAUCUCAAUCUGAAUCUGGAUUGCAAACUCAAUCUGAAGCUAAUAAUGAUGGUAUUGAUGAAGCAGAUGGAUUGUUGAAAAAGAGUUAUGGACAUACACAUGGUCAGACGAAAUCUAAAUGAAUGACAUCACACUGGCUGAGAGAUGAACUGGUUGGAAACUCUGCUAUUAGAAUUGAUGCGAAUGCAAAUAUUUCCAUGGGGGACACAGUCAAGAAAGAAACAGUCGGUCUUACAACAAUAUAUGUUUGAUUUCUAUGAAUAUGCAACACGUAUGUAGAUACUUGACAGCUGAUUGGGUGAAUAUGUAUCACAUGACCCCUGUGCAAUAGUUGACUAUUGCUCAUUAGAGCAAGGGAGCAGGCAGUGCAAUAGAUAGCAAACUCAGUGUGCAUACCAUGAUCUCGGCUGUGCAUACCUGCAUGCACAUACCCGCAUCACUGUGCUGUAUAUACCAUGCACAUGUAAAGCAAAAGUUAGCAAAAUAAGAGGCUAAAGAAAGGGCCAAGCAGAUCUAUGUAGAUAUAGUCCUAUUCCUCCUCUAAUUCAAGUUUGGUUAUUCUGUCUACGUUGGACUCUGCCUACAAAUCAAGUGUUGUAUAAAACAAAUAUCCAAUAUUUUGUCA